GUUGCUGCAGGAGCCACAGAGGCAUUGGUUAUAAGGGCCCCUUCAAACUCAUGCCCUGAGCUUGUCAACAGGUGUCAGAGAGAGAAGAAAUAGAGUGACAGAUUCUCAGGCUUUCAGAGGAGGUAGUCACAGGGAACUGCAACGCCAUGACCACUAGACUUCACUGGCUCACAAGAGCCCUAUGCCUGAUAAGCAUACUGUGCACUGUCACUUCCAAGUAUGUGACAGAAGAUUAUUCAUCCCCCGCUGAGAAAGAAGUCACCUUCAGCCACGUCUAUAAGAUUGACCUGGCCAAGAGCCCUGAGUGUAAACUCGCCUUGCAGACCCUCCCUUCCCAACAGGACCAGUUUUCAGGCCUGCAAGAGCUGGAAGGGGGCACUACUCUGGAGGGGGAAAACAACAUCGUUUUCAGGCACCAAAUCAACCUCAAGACCCCAAAGUGUGACUGUGAUGAGUCGGAGAGCUUUACGUCUCUGCUGUACAGAGUCAACGGGCUGGAGGAGGAGGUGGAACAUCUGAAGAGUCAGUGCUCCCAGGGCUGCUGUGGUGGAAAAGGUGGUGGAGCAGGAGGUGUGGACACUAGCUGUAGUGGCCACGGGACCUACCAGCACAACACCUGCAGUUGUCAAUGCAACCCUAGCUGGGAGGGUCCUGACUGCUCCAUUUCCACCUGUCCUGAUGAGUGCAACGACAACGGCCGCUGUGUGGAUGGCAAGUGUGUCUGCCACGCUGGCUAUACGGGGAGUGACUGCAGCCAGCUGAUGUGCCCAGGCGACUGCAACGAUAAGGGACACUGCGUGGACGGCAAGUGUGUUUGCUUCAGCCACUUCACUGGCGAGGACUGCAGCGAACAGAAAUGCGAUCCUGACUGCAUCCACGGCACCUGCGUGAACGGAAUGUGUAUCUGUGACGAAGGCUUCUUUGGGGAAGACUGCUCUACAGUGACGGGCCCUAACGGCCUGCGUCUGGUAAGGGUGACUGAUAAUUCUCUGCUGGUGGAAUGGGAGGCUGUGAAAGCAGCAGAGUACUACAUCCUGACCUGGCACCCUGAGGGCAAUGAGGCAGAGCUGGAGCGGUUCACCGUGCCCAACACAGAGACCUCCUACCUGAUCACAGGACUCAGCCCAGGUGUCACCUACAUUGUGCAGGUGUACGCUGUCAUCAAGGAGAUCCAGAGCAAGGGGGACAGGAUUGAGGCGACCACAGAGGUGUCUGGUAUUGAUGGUAUCCGGGUAUUGGGCCAGACUGAGGACUCUAUCCAGGUGGACUGGCAGAACCCUGCAGCACCUCUGGACCACUUCAGGCUGACCUAUGCUAACCCUGACGGGCAGGAGGAGGAGCAGAACGUACCAAUGAUUGCAGAGGCCAGGACCACCCACACCAUCGUAGGACUGCAACCUGGCACUGAGUACCUCAUCACAGUGCAAGGCAUCAAAGGGACCAUCGAAGGGAAAGCCUCCUUCGCCACCGGGGUCACAGAUCUUGACGAUCCUACUAACCUCUUGACCAAAGAAGUGACAGAGGAUACCGCUACCGUGGAAUGGCAGAAGGUACAAGCAGAGAUUGACGGCUACGUGAUCACCUACAGCUCUGCGGAGGGCUCCAGUGGGGAUAUCUCUGUUGGGGCAGACAGCACCUCACACAGGCUGACUGGGCUGAGGCCUGGAGUCCUCUACACAGUCUACAUAUGGGCUGUCAAGGGCUCCCGGGUCAGCAGGAAGAGCUCCACAGAAGCUGAGACAGAACUAGAUGUUCCUACUAACCUGUUGACCAGAGAAGUGACAGAAGACACAGCGACAGUAACAUGGGAUAAAGUCCAGGCUGAAAUCGACGGCUACCUGAUCAGCUACAGCUCUGCUGAGGGCUCCAGUGGGGAGAUCCCUGUUGGGGCAGACAGCACCUCCUACAGGCUGACUGGGCUGAGGCCUGGAGUCAUCUACACAGUCUACAUCUGGGCUGUCAAGGGCUCCCGGGUCAGCAGGAAGAGCUUCGUUGACGCUGAGACAGAUUUGGAUGCUCCUACUAACCUCUUUACCAGAGAAGUGACAGAGGACACAGCUGAUGUGUCGUGGGACAGACCUUUAGCGGACAUUGACGGCUACCUGAUCAGCUACAGCUCUGCUGAGGGCUCCAGUGGGGAGAUCCCUGUUGGGGCAGACAGCACCUCCUACAGGCUGACUGGGCUGAGGCCUGGAGUCAUCUACACAGUCUACAUCUGGGCUGUCAAGGGCUCCCGGGUCAGCAGGAAGAGCUCCACAGAAGCUGAGACAGAAAUUGACGCACCAAAAAACCUGAAAGCAUCGGAUGUUAAACUGAAUGUAGCUACCCUGACCUGGACUGCUCCCUUAGCCAGAAUCGAUGGCUACAUCCUCACAUUGAGAGCUGAGGAUGGCAGUUUGAAGGCUGUGGAGAAGAAGCUGAGGGCAGGAGAGAGCAGCUUUGCCAUGUCGGACCUGGAGAAAGGAAAGAACUACAUUGUUACCCUCCUUGCUUACAGAGGACCAAAGAGGAGCAGAGUGAUAGAGAUCACAUUCAAAACAGUGGGUUUGUUGUACCCAUUCCCCAUGGACUGUACUCAGAUUAAGAAGAAUGGUAACGUGGCAAGUGGAAUCUACACCAUUUACGUCAACAGUGAUCGCACCAAGCCCAUGGAGGUGUACUGUGACAUGGACACUGAUGGCGGUGGAUGGGUGGUGUUCCAGAGACGCAACAAUGGACAGAUGGACUUCAUGAAGCGCUGGAGACAGUACAUGGCUGGUUUUGGGAACAUGACUGAUGAAUUUUGGCUUGGUCUGGACAAUAUCUAUGAGCUGACCAAUACUCCCACGCAGUACGAGCUGCGAGUGGACCUUGGUGUGGGUUCAGAGAAGGCCUAUGCUGUCUAUGACAACUUCAAGAUAGCCCCGGCUAAGCAGAAGUUCAAGCUGACCAUCGGUGAAUACAGUGGAACAGCAGGCGAUGCCAUGAGCUACCAUCAAGGUCGCCCCUUCUCCACGGUUGACAAUGACAAUGACAUUGCUCUUGGUAACUGUGCCCUGACACAUCGUGGUGCAUGGUGGUACAAAAACUGUCACCUUGCCAACCUCAACGGCAAAUUCGGAGACAACAGACACAGCAUGGGUGUGAACUGGGAGCCAUGGAAGGGUCACCUGAUGUCUCUUGAUUUCACUGAGAUGAAGAUUCGGCCUGUGGGCACUGCCAGGAAGAGGAGGUCGCUUAGAAGCAGUACAGCUCCCAGAAAAUAGUCCCUCUGAUGAACUAAAGCAGUCAAUGGGAACCUCCUUACAAACCAGGCAAAGUAGCUAGAACCUCAAACCAGGAACAUCAAUCUAUCUCAAGAUUAUUGUAACUUACUUUACUUUAACAUAUCAUAUGGCUGCAGCCAUAAACGUCUUUAUUUUUCAUAGGAUAUUUGUAUUAUAUUGGUUUAUUUCAUAUAUAUUAUGAACAAGUGAACUGCAACUUUCACUGUAUAGUGUUAUCACAUGGGCAAAGUAAAAGGAUUUCGUAUCUUGGCUCUGUCCUAAAGCGGCAUUCCUCGCAGACGUAGAUUCUUAGCAAAUGACCUCUGUCCUAUUGUACUGUAUAUGAUUACAUUUUAUAGGCUGGCUCCAUGGCAUAAAACAGUCACCAUAUUCAUAACACUGUCUGCUCCUAUUAUGCAUAAUCAGUUAGAUUACCCAAUGAUACCGUGUUUUUAGAAUAGUUAUACUGCUCUUGUUCACAUUCAUAACAUAGCAUAGACCCUGACUCUCUGUUCUAAGUUCUGGUCUCUGGCCUACCCAGCCUACAGAGUUAGCUACAUUUCACAUUUCACAUUUCAGAUGUUUUGCAUAAGAAAUGGAUGACAUGCUCCUUUGUAAGAUUGUAUUUUCAAGUGUGUAUUGUAAUUGUGUCGUUCCACGAAGAGUGCCUUUUGGGUCCCUUUGAUAUUUUAAGUAGAAAUUAAAAGCCUGCUAUAUUAAAUGAAGUGCCCUUUAAUAUAGACCACAUUGAGAAUUCAAUCAAUCGGAUUCCUAAAAUGAAUAUAGGCUUGCUAAAAUGCCAAAAUUCAGCAUUUUGACAUGUCCCUCCAUCAACCCUGAAUCACUUCUAGGAAGAUUUUAACCGACUUGAACCCAAAAUGUCUCCAAGUUUUACCAUCAUUGAAAAGCCAUACUUAAAGUGUUGCUAUGACAGUCAUUUCUGAAGACUAUUAUGUAUUUCAUGUGAUUAGUGAUUAAUUUACAUCUGUCCCUCGUUUUAAGGUCAACACUUAUGUGAACUGAACAUGGUGAAACUAUUCCUUUUUAAAUAUGUUUUGCAAAAGAAACAUUGAAUAUCUAAUAGUCAAAUCAUAGAGUACAAGCUUUUAUUUGCCAUUUUCUGGUGUUUUGUGGUUUCAAGCAUAACAUGUCAACCUUUUUACCCAUAGAUUGACAGGCUAUAAAUGUUUCAACAAGUUCAUUUUUUGGUGAAGCUUGUAUCCAAUUGCCACUGCCUGUUGCACACAACAUACUUCCAUUCCUCCUGUCACAGGGGGAUUUAUGGCUGACUUCAGAAGAAAUUGUCAGCCCUGUUAUGGCCAUCUCUGUUACUUUAUUUCACACUUAAUAGACAUUUACUAUAGUCAUUUGAGAUGAGAAAACAUGAUUUUCAUGAAGUUGAAUGUUAAAUAACAAAAUGUUAAAGUUAAGUGAAAUCAAACUUUUUUCUUUCUUUCUUUUUUUUCUUAUACAUUUCUCAAAAGGCAACGAAUUGGUGGAAUGACCCAGUUGCUGUGUUAUAUUGAAGUCCUUUUUAGCACUAUGUAACGGCUCUCGUCGAAAGGAGUGGACCAAAGCUCAGCGUGGAAAGUGUUCACGAUUUUAUUAUCCAAAAAACACUCAACCAAAAUAACAAACCGAAAGCGCCCAGUUCUGUCAGGUAACAGACACUAAAGAGAAAACAAAGACCCCACAAAAUCCAAAAGGAAAAUGACAACUUAUAUAUGAUCCCCAAUCAGAGACAACGAUAAACAGCUGCCUCUGAUUGGGAACCACACUCAGCAAAAACCAAAGAAAUAGAAAACAUAGACUUUCCCACCCGAGUCACACCCUGACCUAACCAAUCAUAGAAAAUAAUAAGGAUCUCUAAUGUCAGGGCGUGACACAGUAGCAUCUAUGCCUGCAGUGACAGAGAGUGCUAUUUGAAUGGGACAUGACUUCACACAGUGUUUAUCAAAAAGAUGCAGUUGAUGUUAAUCAACUAAUUAAAUUCAUACUUGAAGAGGAACGAAGUAGAACACGUUUGAUUUUCACCAUCUCUUUCCCAGAAACAGGGUUAGAUUUGCAGAAAAGGUUAGAUAUACCAGAAAAACAGAAUAGCAGAUUUGCAGUUUCCUUUUGCUUUUUACCAUUCAUAUCACUUUGUGACAUAACCUCACAGGUAACCUGAUCUUGACAGGACAUUUGAAAAUGGUCCCUAUUUAUGUCCUUUUUGAGUUGAAUGACUAUGGUUUUCUCUUUGACAGACACAGUCUAGGAUAACCUACACUUGAGUUGUGUAUCAUACCAAAAGUUGAGGUUUCUCAACUUCCCCUGGUUUCUCAGCUGUCGUUUCAAUUUACUGCUGAGGAAUGAUUUCACACAUUGGACUGUGUGAAUAACAAUGCAAGAAAGAUAUUCACAAAGUUAAGCGAGAAUGAAAAAGAAGGAAGAAGAGGAUGGGGCCUACUGUGGAAUAUUCUAGCUGAGCUUUUGAAAUGUCUCACAGGAGCCAAUUGAUGCAAUAGCUAUUUGAACCACAUUGAUUGCAAAUUACUAUAAAGAAGAUUGGUUCCUAUAACAGCACUGCGGGGCAAAUGAGCUCUUAAAGAGAUUCUCUAAUACUUUUCAGCCACUAGUCUGAAAGUAACACUCACGAGCCAAAAGUGGUCCCCGACAAUUGCGUACUACUGUACGCCACAUAUGUGCAGAUAUGUGGACCACAUCAUUGCUCUCUCUCUCUCUCUCUCUCUCUCUCUGCUGUGUCCAAUGAGCUGUUGGGCCCGCCCUGCAACCUCAUUAGAUAAUGAAGGGCAGGUCUCUUGCUAGAAAUACACAAAUGCGAGGGGCUGAAACUCAUUGGCUAGAACUCUAAUUUCUAGGGGGCUGUCGACGUGGGGGAAAUAUAGGGGAAAUGGUGCGGCACAGGUUCAAGAAACCAGUCACUUUGAAAUUAGGAAUUGUGAAUAAUUGAGGUAAGACAGUAUUCUGCUCUUAGAUUAUACAUGUAUGAACUACACAUUCACACAUCCAGCCCAAAGUGGGAGGUUAUUAAAAAAUACUUUCUUAGUCGGCAAAGUAGCGUAGCAUGUCUUUAAUGCUGAGAUGAAUGUAAUAGGGAUGGAAAGGGAAGGAAAUGCCUCACACACAAUUCUUCACACAUUUUUAUCCAGUUAGACACAUGUAAUCUCCUGUAGAAAAAAUAAGUAAAACAGUUUUACCCUGAGAA